AUGCACGAGAACACCAAUUUUCUCAAUGUCCCGAUCUCGUUCAAGUUAACGGAAGUCGAUGGUCUCACCUCACCAAAACCCAACAUCGAACCUGAUGUGAAUAAGGGCCUUCCAUCCUACACACCGAUCAGUAAAGGAGCUGGCAAGAAUAGUGAUCCAAUUCCUGGAGAACUCAAUAUCCUUGCGAAGCUCACUGGAGAUUUCCACGGUGCUGGGUUGAACAUGAUCUUCCGCCCAUCUUGGGGAAACAAUAGAAGGAAUAACGUUCUGGAGUACAACGUGACCGAAGAGGACACACAGUUCUUGAAGGACAUUGGCGACAUAUUCAACCGAGGUCUGGGUAGGCAACGAGACGUCAUUUUGAAGGGUGUUCCAUACAUGCAGACGAUCAAGGACAUGCUCAAUCCCAUAACAGGACAGGCUGAUCGGGAGGAAGGGAUUGCAAUUCACUUCGAGUCAGGCAUGUUCCUUAGAACUCCACCGACUGAGAUCAGGCCUGAGGUCCUUCGAGGUACUAUCUCGCGUCUAGCAUCUAUACCACACGGAACUGCCAUCAACUGCCAAGGCUUCGAACCAGACAUGAAGAACCCUAUAUCUGGUAACCCGGAUAUCAAACCAAUCUCAGUCUUGCCAUUUCCCAUGGGUAUGCACGGCGACGUCAACACAUUCGCAGACUUUUUCCCUCAGCUGAAUUUCAAGAGAAAAUAUGAGCUGCGUAUCCCCCAAGAGAUCAAGGAGGGCGACAUACUCAAUACACCUCUCAUGCUAGAUCCAAACCGGAUGCUAAGAGAAUUCAAUGAAAACAGCACGAAGAAAAAAAUCCGAGAACACCUUUUCUUCACAAUCCAUUCCGAUCCCGUAGUUUCUAAGAUCCCCGGAGGUGGCACAGCAAACAUUGCUUUCCUGCAAGGUUCAGGUAUUCGUGAUGGUCGCCAAAAUCCAGGCCCUAAUGCCCAUGGCGUCAACGUCGGAUGUGAUUAUUGGAUUUCAACCGUUGAAUACGAUGUUCUGCUACCGGAGGGUAAUUUCUCUGGGGACAAGAAAGAGACAAGAGUUGUUGAGUCUGAAGCACGGAAAGAGGAGAAAGCAGCUGGCAAGAUAGUGGUUUCUCCUUCUUUCGAAUUGAAGCUGGACAGGGUGAUACCACCAAACACGACUGUGAAGCUCGAUGCUACCCAAAUUCAAUACUCACAGAACGUCACAUUGGACUUUGAUGAGAUGGGUUGGCCACACAUCUCGGUGGCUACAUUGUCGCCAAAGAAUCCAGUGCCGAUUGAGGCUUCUCAGAUUAUCUUCUGA